AUGUUUCCCUCCUGGGAAAGCGGGGAACAGGGAUUGAUUCCCGCCCGGGACAAGAAGAGCUCCUCCCGGGCUGGACUGCAGUUCCCGGUGGGCCGUGUUCACAGGCACCUGAGAAAGGGCAACUAUGCUGAGCGUGUGGGUGCCGGAGCCCCGGUCUAUCUGGCUGCUGUGCUGGAGUAUCUGACGGCUGAAAUCCUCGAGCUGGCCGGUAACGCGGCCCGGGACAACAAGAAGACCCGCAUCAUCCCCAGACACCUGCAGCUGGCCGUCCGCAACGACGAGGAGCUCAACAAGCUGCUGGGAGGGGUGACCAUCGCUCAGGGCGGGGUGCUGCCUAAUAUCCAGGCCGUGCUGCUGCCCAAGAAAACCAGCGCCGCUGCGGGCUCGAAGACCAAGUGAAGCGGCCAUUCUUUAAUGUAAUAACCCAAA